AUGACGUCACUUCAGGGAUCGAGCAGGACUUUGCUCUGCAGCUUCGUUAUCUUCCUCAGUAGCUUCACACAUCUCGACUGUGGAGGUGAUAACGAGGUAUCAGCCCCGGAUUAUCUGAUAGAGCUCUACAACAAGUUCAACAGAGGAGUCGGAGAAGUGGAGGAGGAGGAAGAGAACGCUAACAAGAUAUUCACAUUUUACAGAUCAGGUGUGACAGAAUUGGAAGGUUUCUAUUUACCACAAAAAGCGAAAUUGGAUUUUAAUAUAUCAGCUUUUAACAGAGAGGAUAGAAUCUUAGCUUCAAAUCUGAGAGUAUUUGUGGGCGAUAUAAGUGAGAGUAUACCUUUAACAAAAGAGGGCUCCGUUACAGCCGUAACAUUGAAAACGACCUGUAAAACGAGAAUAUACGACCGCUCAGAUGUUUUACUGGUGAAAGGAAGGGUUUGGAGACAUACUAAACAGCUGAAGAAGUCAGACACUGGACAGUGGAUAAAGAUCAAAGUAAGCUCCAUAGAACGCACCCUAAAUAACCUCACCCCCUACCGACACUUCUACCACUUCGUGGUGCGCUGCUCCAUCACCACCCAGCUCAGUCAUGGUUACCUGGACAAAUACGGGGGCAGAACCCCUAUCUUCAGCAUCUCCAGGAGCAAGGAGCCAACCCUGGUGGUGUACACAGUGAAUAACUCAUCUAAGCCCUUUAGAGAGUACAUGAGGAGUAACCAAGAGGGGAGACAGGCCGCUCUCGGGGAGGGAGACCAGGGAGUGCGAGCUAGCAGGGGCUUCCAACAUAGGUGUGUCCUCAUGGAUCUGUAUUUAAACUUCACUAAACUAGGCUGGGGCAGUAAGAUAAUCCACCCGCUAGAGCUAAAGAUAAAUCAGUGCGCGGGGCAGUGUCCCUACCCUAUGUCCCAUGCCAUCGACCACUCAACCAGUGCUCUCUUCAGAGGGGCCUGGUACAAGAAAUUCCCGGACUCGGUAGCGAGGCCCUGCUGUGUACCUUCCACUUACAAGCCUGCUACUCUAAUGUUGAGUGGUGAUCACGUGACUGUGCUUAAAAAGUUUGAUGAUUUGAUUGUCAGUAAAUGUAAGUGUUUGUAG